AUGACCAAGCAAGAUUUCCGAGAUAUUAAUUUAAAGGCAGGUCCUGCGCUGGUGCUUGCGGACUUUGCUAAGGAGUGUGAGGAGAAAAGGUUGCCUUGUUCCAAGCCCCUUAAACGUUUUAACCUGGAUUCUUACAACAACAUUCCACUCGAAAACUGGUCGUGCAAUAAGUUAGUAGAAUAUUACCGUAAGAACUUAGAGAGAAAAGAUUGGAGCUACGUAAUGGAUAACAUAAAAAAAGAUCUUGCGCACAUUGCGGAUUCGAAUUCUGGUUUCGGUGUGGAGCGCAGGAGAAAGGCGCAAGCAAUCAUUGAUCAUUGGACGCAUUGGAAAACUUCUCCCAAAAAGUUCAAUACGGAUCUUAAACGGGAUUAUUCCCAAUUUAAAAUCGAUUCAUUACAGGUGAGGCAACAGAUGAUUGCAACAGGAGACGCUUCCACCCAAAUCGUUGACAAUCGAAAGCAUCGUCGAAAUGAUAACGGAGAAGUUGUGAAGAUAAGUUCUAGCGAAGUUUAUGAUGAUAUCCCCUGUGACAUUAAAAGAUGGUCUCCCGAUCACGUCAAACAAUUCCUUAAAUCUCGAAUGAAAAAUUCGGAUUAUAAUGAAACUGAUGUUGAAAAAAUCCGAAAUCAAGAUCUUACGAAAUUAACUCGUAAACCUGGCCUUUACGAACUUAAACCAAGUCCGGCGGAGGGAAUAAUGGAAUUAGUUGAAGAGCUCAAUAAAAAGCUAGCAAAAGAAGAGGCCUCAUCGGAGUCGUAA